ACUUCCUCUCUGGUGAUGUCACUUCCCGAAGAGAGAAUCUCGACAGAGCCAUUCUCUUUAGUGUUUGCCCUGUUCUCCCAAUGUCCACCUCCUCUCCGCCCGCAUUUUGAUAUAUAAAUAACACAGAAAACUGACCAUUAGCCGAAGCAAACGGUAGUGAAUCAACGUGUAUUAUGGAGUAACUUAAAAACUGAACAAAAGGAACGACGAGGCAGCGCUUACAUUCAGACUUCCUCGGUCAACAGUUCCUCCCACUUCGGCAUUCACCAUUGCUGCACUACAAAGCCCCCAUCUCGACCUCAGCCUAAGAUCGACUAAGCUACACCAACGAAGAUGUCCCAGCUCCAGUUUCAGUGUCCGGCUAGCCCCAUGCCUGCUGCCUCCGCCCCACUGCAGCUGGGGCAGCCACAGCCUUGCUACAGCAUCCCCUGCUCUUCAGGCACUCUACCCUCGGAGAGCGCCAGCCAGCCCAUCAGGAGUUCCGCUCUCCCUGCAGGCUCAGCCACGCCCUAUAAUACCACCACAGUAUCUAACAUGGCAAACCCUAAAGAGAAGACCCCCAUGUGUUUGGUGAAUGAGUUAGCCCGUUUCAACAAGAUUCAACCGGAGUAUAAGCUGCUGUGUGAGCAAGGACCAGCUCACUCCAAGAUUUUCUCAGUCAGGCUCACACUGGGAGAUCAGCACUGGGAGGCAGAGGGGACCAGCAUCAAGAAAGCCCAGCAUUCUGCUGCUGCAUCGGCCCUCACUGAGACGACACUUCCCAAGCCCUCCGUGAGGAUGCCCCGCAACACAGGCAAGAACCCAGCAGAUGGCAUGACACACACCAUGGAGUUAAAUGCACUAUGUAUGAAGCUUGGUAAAAAGCCUAUGUAUAAACCCAUCGACCCAUAUCCGGGGAUGAGACCACCAAACUUCAAUUACAACGUCCGGGCUCCGGGACCUUACCAGCGACCUAUGCAACAGUACUAUUACCCAUUUCCUCCAGUGGGACCAAUGAUAUACCAUAUGGAGCUUUCCAUCGGAGGCCAGCAGUUUAUUGGAAAGGGACGCACACGGCAGUUGGCCAAACAUGAAGCUGCUGCCAAGGCCCUGAAAGUGCUUCAUAAGGAGCCAAUAUUGCAACAGUUGCCAGUGAUGAAUGGAGAGCCCGAGGAGGAGAACCUCAACAAAUCAGAAAUCAGUCAAGUGUUUGAAAUUGCACUGAAACGCAAUUUACCUGUCAACUUCGAGGUUUUAAAGGAAGAAGGCCCUCCCCAUAUGAAGAGUUUUGUAGUGUGCGUUACAGUCGGGGAGUUCACUGGAGAGGGCGAAGGAAAAAGUAAAAAAAUUGCCAAGAAGCUUGCGGCAGCUGCAGUGCUGGGGGAGUUGAGGAGGCUACCUCAUAUACCCAGUGUGGAAAAGACACUGCCACGCAUCAAAAAGAAAACAAAAUCCAUCAUUAAGCUGCAGACCAGCCCAGAAUAUGGCCAGGGCAUGAAUCCCAUCAGCCGCCUGGCUCAGAUCCAGCAGGCCAAGAAGGAGAAGGAACCAGAGUACAGUAUGGUGACGGAGAGAGGUCUACCUCGGCGCAGGGAGUUCGUCAUGCAGGUGACAGUGUGCGGCCAGACUGGCGAAGGAAUGGGACCCAGUAAGAAGGUGGCCAAGAGGAAUGCAGCAGAGAAAAUGCUGGAGCUCUUGGGAUAUAAAGUGCCUCAGCCUCAGCCCCCGAAACCGGCACUCAAAACAGAUGAAAAGACCCCAGUGAAAAAACCUGGUGAUGGGCGCAAAGUGACCUUUUUUGAGCCUGGCUCUGUAGAGGAGGUGGCAUUGAGUUCCAAGGAGGAGUUCCGCCUGCCUUACUUGAGCCACCAGCAGCUGCCUGCAGGUAUCCUGCCCAUGGUCCCUGAAGUGGCUCAAGCAGUCGGGGUCUUCCCAGCACCCCAGAAUAAGGACUACAGUCGAGCUGUACCCAACCCCGGCAAGGCCACGAUCACUGCCAUGAUUGCCAACGAGCUGCUUUACGCAGGGACGUCACUGACUGCUGAGACUAUCCUAAAGAACAAAAAUAAUCUCAACCAACUUCCCCACGGACCCCUCACCAGGCCUUCAGAACAGCUCGGCUUUCUGUCAUCGGUGCAAAGCCUGCAGGUGGACUACAAAGAUUUUCCCCAAAACAAUAAAAAUGAGUAUGUAUCACUCAUUAACUGCUCCUCCCACCCACCGCUCAUCAGUCAUGGGAUUGGGAAAGAUGUAGAAUCCUGUCAUGAUAUGGCCGCGUUGAAUAUAUUGAAGUUGCUCUCGGAGUGGGACCAGCAGUCCAGUGAAAGGACAGGAAAUGGACCAGUGUCUCGGUGUGGCAAGCAGGACAUGGAGGGUGACUUGCACCUCAAACAGGCUAACUCAAGCACAUUGGCACAGACCCUGGAUGGCACUGUUUAGAUGAUCAGGUUUGGUUGUCUGUAAAAGCACUAGAGAGAACUCGGACACUGUUAUUAGUUUUAUAAGGCUACAGGAGGCUCCUGUAGACUCUAAACUAUCACUCCUCAUAUUCGUCGUUCCUAAAUGUUCACAGUUAAACAAGAUUGAAAAGGAAACAAAUAGAUUCCUCCGCUUGAUUUUGUUUAAUUGUGCACAGUAUUUAUUUUUGUUUCUUCGUAAAAAACAUUGCUGCAUCCUAGUCAAUGAGUUGAGGGGUUUUUACCUGGUGGAGGAAAAAAAGAAGCAAUUAACUGUGAAUUCUGUUGUUUUCUUCCUUUGUGUGACCUUCUCAUUCUUGUUUUUAAGUCUUUUACGUCUCAUCCCCCGCUUAGUUCAUCUAACAACAUGUUGUAACGCUUUGGACUUCUUCUUUGUCUAGGGUGCAGCUGACGAACCUCUGUUGAUUUUCCUAGAGUGCUUUAUAUCAACAACCACAAGUGAAGUGUUACUGACAUUACCAUGUAGGGCUGGGAAGCAUUUGCGACUAAAUGUAGCGUGUGAUGUAAUUUGAAGUUGUCUCUGCCUGUGUGAACGGGGACGUUUCCCUGUUGCGUCACUUUCUCCGAUACUCCACUUCCCUCCCUUAUGUCAGCCUCCCUUCUCUCUCCGCUCCCCAUGGUAAUUAAACUAACGUGCAGACGUGCACACAACAAAGA